AUGGAGCCCCGCCCCAACGGCCCCGCUGACAUCCACGAGGGCUGGUUCCACGAGACGUGCAGCCUGUGGCCCGGCCAAGCCCUGUCGCUGCAGGUGGAGCAGCUGCUACACCAUCACCGCUCGCGGUACCAGGAUAUCCUUGUCUUCCGCAGUGAGGGCUACAGCAACGUGCUGGUGUUGGACGGCGUCAUCCAGUGCACGGAGAGGGAUGAGUUCUCCUACCAGGAGAUGAUAGCCAACCUGCCCCUCUGCAGCCACCCGAACCCACGCAAGGUGCUGAUCAUCGGGGGUGGGGACAGAGGUGUCCUGCGGGAGGUGUUGAAGCAUUCCUCCGUGGAGUCUGUGGUCCAGUGUGAGAUCGAUGAGGACGUCAUCCAGGUCUCUAAGAAGUUCCUGCAGGGCAUGGCCGUGGGCUACUCCAGCUAACUGACCCUACACGUGGGCGACGGUUUUGAGUUCAUGAAACAGAACCAGGAUGCCUUCGAUGUUAUCAUCACUGACUCCUCAGACCCUAUGGGCCCUGUAGAGAGUCUCUUCAAGGAGUUCUAUUACCAGCUCAUGAAGACGGCCCUCAAGGACAAUGGCGUCCUCUGCUGCCAGGGCGAGUGUCAGUGGCUGCACCUGGACCUCAUCAAGCAGAUGGGGCAGUUCUGCAAGUCGCUCUUCCCCGUGGUGGCCUAUGCGUACUGCACCAUCCCCACCUACGCCAGCAGCCAGAUAGGCUUCAUGCUGUGCAGCAAAAAUCCCACCACCGACUUCCGGAAGCUCAUGCAGCCUCUGACACAGAAGCAGGUGGAGCAAAUGCAGCUGAAGUACUACAACUCAGACGUGCACCAGGCCGCCUUCAUCCUGCCCGAGUUUGUGCGCAAGGCCCUCAAUGAUGUGAGCUGA